AGUAUUGAGCAGUUUCUUCUCUACAACACUUGCUUCGGGAUAUUUACAGGAAUUAUCAUCUCUGUGUUGUUUAGGGUCCAAUAAAAAUAAUCUGUGGUAAAUUAGAAGAGUAGAAUUAGAAGGAACUUCAGAUUGCUGGGUACGAGGGAUACAAGUAGCUUUUAAUUCUCCAACCUCCACUUGUCUGCAUUUUGAAAACGUUAAGCUGUGAUAUGACAGACUCCAGGAAGACCAGCGGAGAUCCUCUGAGAUCCUCCCUCUUUGCUUUAAAAAUCACACCAUCAUAGCAUCCAAGCAGCGUUUCCAUCUCCCGUGUGAACUGCAAACCCUGGUGGUGAGGAGUCCGCGUCUCUUUGUCGUGUCUCUGGGAUUUGCCACAUCGCUGGUACUGUGUGUUAAACUCAGCUCAAUGGCUGCCGAAAGCUGUUGUAUUAGUCAUGUUCUGCGUUGCUGGGACUAAAGCAACUUAAGGGGUUACUCGCCACGUAUAAUAGCCUCACAGAUAAACACCUGGCUGGGUAUUUUAACAACACCAGGAUCAGGAGGCACCUGCUGAGAUCCGGGCUGAUCACAAGAAGUGGGAGAAUACUUUCUGAAAAGGAAUACAAAGUAAACACCAUGAAACAGGAUCACCAAAAGUACAUCCGGGAGUGCUUAGCACAGGCCAUCUUUCACAAGGUCCUCGACAUGGAGCGCAACCGCCAGCUUGAAAUAAGAAGGAAACUGGAUGCCUUAGCUAGGAAAGAACGGAUUCAGAGGCUGAAGGGAGAACACACAAGACGAUUUAUCGAAGAUAACUUGCCCGUUCUGACUCCCCAUCCCCCAGCUGGCCCAAAGUCAAACCGCGGCUGUAGCGUUCUGGCUGAGGAAGGACACUCUAGCCCAUUAACACUGACAGCCUCCUCUCGACCAUAUACUGCCCCGGGAAAUAUGCAGCCUCCGAUUCGACUGCAGCCUCUUCUCAGUAAUUGUGCAGCGAGAAAUGUUUCAAAGAUAACUUCAGGGUCCAAACUCAAAACCGCAUUUCUGGAAAGUGAAGCUCCGUUUCCUAUUGGGGGCAAGAAGGCGAUGAUGAAGUUCAGGAACUCCAUGGACAAUUCCCAGAGGCUGGAUCCCUACCAACUUCCAGACAUUAACAGUUACCAGUUUCCUGUCCCUCCCACGUCCCCGCCCCAAACAGGAAAGAUCUUCAGGGAGAACAGGUCCGAACCUUGGAGGAGGAAGAAGCUGCGUCCCAUCACCGCUCCCCAUGGCUUAGAGCCCCUCUAUACCAGGGAUCCGGGAAGGAUUUACAAAACAGCCCCACAUAGCAAUGCUGUUAUCACAAUGGUCUAUUUUGGGAAGAAUGUGCAUCUAUCUUAUGAUGACACAGACUUUCGAGAUGAAGUCAAGAUUUACCAACAGCACUGUGGAGGAGAGAACCUUUGUAUCUACAAAGGCAAACUACUUGAGAAAGACACCUUUCAGUUUAUCUCCAAACGGCACCAUGGCUUCCCCUUCAGUCUCACCUUCUUUCUGAAUGGGAUCCAGGUGAACAGACUCAGCUCCUGCUGCGAGUACAAACACCGUAGGAGCUCCAGGCUGGGAGGCAAGAGAGGCUACUUCGGGUUUGUGAGCGUGGAGAAGGCAUUUCCUUGCUACAGGUGCAUUAUCGCCAUGGGCCUUGACCGAAAGCCAUCGCCGACAAAACCUAGGAAGGAAAAGACAGCUGAGAAAAGGGAGGAGCCACUGAGGCGGGGUCAGGGGAAACUGAGGAAGGACAGAGAGAAUGCAUCAUCGAGAAGGAGCGAGAUGGAGAGGAGGAAGGAGGCCUCGGUCUCAGCCACGUGUUCAGCCGAGGAAAUAAAAUCAGGAGUCAGAGAAGUGAGAACGGCUAUAGAGGAAAUGGAAUGGAAGGGCAGGUCUGAACAGGAUGCCUGGGAAGAGGACCAGGAGAACACUUUCAAAUACGACUACGAAGAAGACUUCGAAAUAGAUGAGGAAAAGCAAGACGAGGUAGCUGACGACGGGGAUGAGGUUGGAGAUCAGGUGAGCCGAACGUCCAAGUCACCCACCGAAGAAGAAACACACAAUCCAAGCCCGGGAACGGAGAUUGAGAUCUCUUCAGAGAAGGCACCAGAUGUCUACGACAAUGAGAACCGCGAGGACGACGGAUGCCUGGACAGUGACGAGGAUAGACAAGAUAUCAAGACCGUUUCGUCGGUCUCAUCGAGGAGUCAGGCCUACUCGAGUGAAAGUGAAGAUGAUUCUACGGAGGUGGGCGUAGAAGGCCACUCUGAGAACAGCACAGGGGACAGCUCCAGAAGUUCCUCCUCUCAGGACCUUCGGGAGAAUGACGACCGAGGAAAAUUCCACUUUCCUGUCGAGGAGUCUCUGGAAACCGAGAUUGAAGAGCAAGAAGUCACGAAAGUAGUUGAGGACAACGGACCUCCAUCGACAGAGGUUAGCUGUGCUCAUGUAGCUGAGGAAGACCCAAGAGACAGAACCCAAGAGUUGGCAGAGAGCAGACCCAAGAUGUCUGGGCAGUCUGCUUCUCCAGAGGCAAAGGCAGGAGGCACCCUUCUGGUGGAGGACAGAAAAGAAGGCUUCCCUGGGCUGGAAGAAGAGGUUGGACAGAUCAUAGGUGAAGCCCAACCACCCGGUCACUACUGCUCCGACACUGCAGCUGAGCUUAGCACCACAGAGGAUGGGGCGACACCCACGAGGAAACCGGAGGUCAACCUGGCUGGAGUGGCGGAGGAGGAAAGAGCAUCCAGCGGCUCAAAGGAGCAACCCCAGCAAGCUGCCCAAGAGGUGUGCACCCCGGAGAAGGAAACAGCCUCAGCGGCAGCGGCGAGAGAUGAAUAUUCCCAGCCUGAGGAUGCUCUCACUGACGCAGGACUGAGGGAGAAGGCGUGGAGGAAGGAAGAUGAAGCCCACCGUCCCCAGGAUGCUGACAUGAAUGCCGAGCUGAGGGAGGGAGUGGGGGUUGCGGAGGUCCCCACGGGGAAGAGGAGCCCGGCUGAAGAGCAGCAGGCAUUAGCAGAGCAGUCUUCAGAGGAAGGAGAGCGUCCCCUGAGCACAGCUAGCCAGGCAGAGGCAGGCUCAGAGGGGCACAGCAGGUGUGGUGAGGGGUGGUUAAACCCCACAGGAAAAGUGGGUGUCUCGGUGCCUCAGAGGGAUGUGGACCCCGACGGGCAGGCCUUGCUGCAGACAGAUAUGGAGAAAGGUAGGGCAGGUUCUGUAAGGGGGCGGGUACUGGAGGAGGCAGUGCUCAGCUCAGAGAUGCAGGGGGAAUCAACAUUUCUGAAAGAAGCAGGGCCUCCUGAGAUGGAGGAGGCAGAGCGGGAGGUGGGCUCCCCAAGACCCGACGGUGACCAAGGCAGAGAGGGAGCUCCCACAGAGCUGGAGGCCAUGGAGCCCGUGGAGGACACAGCACCAGAGACAGGGCAUGGUUUUGAAGAGGCAACACUUGGAGGAGGGAAAGCGGCUACCGAGAGGAAGGAGGUUCUGGAGGCUGCAGAUGCACCCUCGAGCUCCUCAGCAGGGGCAAGCCCCAGGGAGGAUGCCCAGGACAGCCCUGAGGCACUCUGGAAGGAGGACACAGCAAGGGAGGGAGCUAUGGCUGACACAGAAUCUACCCAGGAAGGGGAUCCCAGAGCAGUGCUCCCUGGGGAGUUUGCUGCAUCUGGAGACUGGAAGACAGUUGAGAGGCGCCCAACGCCUCUGAGAGAAGCUGGGUCUGAAAGAGAGGAGGUGACAGGGUGGACAGAAGAGAAGUUAGGAGAGCAAAGAGUUAGAGGGGAAGAGGCGGGCACUGGGGAGGAAGUGGGGUGUGAGGAGGAAGAGAGGUUUGAGGAGGAGGCGGGCACUGGGGAGGAAGUGAGGUGUGAGGAAGAGGCGGGCACUGUGAAGGAAGUGAAGUGUGAGGAAGAGGCGGGCACUGGGGAGGAAGUGGGGUGUGAGGAAGAGGCGGGCACUGUGAAGGAAGUGAAGUGUGAGGAAGAGGCGGGCACUGUGGAGGAAGUGGGGUGUGAGGAAGAGGCGGGCACUGUGGAGGAAGUGGGGUGUGAGGAAGAGGCGGGCACUGGGGAGGAAGUGGGGUGUGAGGAAGAGGCGGGCACUGGGGAGGAAGUGGGGUGUGAGGAAGAGGCGGGCACUGUGGAGGAAGUGAGGUGUGAGGAAGAGGCGGGCACUGGGGAGGAAGUGGGGUGUGAGGAAGAGGCGGGCACUGGGGAGGAAGUGAGGUCGGGGGAAGAUGCCCAUGCAUCCCCCAACAAGACGGAUGCUGACGCUGAGGCUAUAGAUCCCGCAAGAGCAACUAAGUUGAGUGAGAACCCAAGGCUUCUAGAAGACUCACCCAGAGCAAGGACCAUCAUCAGCUUGUCUGAAGCAAGACUUCAGUCUGGAAAGUCACUGGCGGAGAACGAAGCCACAGUUACAGAAGAGCCCGCAGACAAAGCUCGGGUGCCUGAGAACGUUUUCACAGCUGGAGCUCAAGAGUGGGCCGCCCCGGAGCUAGACAGCCUCGAAGGACCAGAGCGGCCGGAUGGAGAAAGUCCUUCUUCGCGAGGCAUACUGAUGACGCAUGGCAGUCUUCCUGGGGAAAGGGUCACCGUGGCAGCGGGGUUGAGUGGAGAGACUGAGAGAGAGAAGCCACAGGAGGAGGGGGGUGAGGACAGAAAGCAUCCUCCAGGGACAGCGACUGCCAGCCUGGCGGGGCAGGACCGGGCCAUGGGAAGAGGCGCAGGCAAAGAUGAGGAGGGUCCACGUGGGGGAAGAGUCGACGGGACAGCUGCGGGCCAGAGGGAAGGGUUGGCAGAGUCAGUCAGCGUGGCCUCCUCCUCUGCAGACGGCCACAAGGAACCACGGAGCAGAGCGGGUGAGGCUCCCGGAGGAGAAGCAGCAGCUGAGGGGAGGGUGAUAGCUGAGGACGUGGAGCCAGGGCCAGGGAAGGAGGCUGUGGUAGUGGAGGUGACAUCAGCAGGGACUGUGGAGACCACACAGGAACAGAAGACCCCUGACGUGCAGGACUCUGAGGGAGGGGAAGAGAGGGCCUCUCAGUAGGCAGCUGGGUUGGAGGCAGGGACUGAGGGGCACUGGGUCAGGGGCAGCUAGAGAGAGAUCAGAGGACCCAGGUGCCUCAAAGAGAGACAGCUGAGCAGCAUCUUCCCAGGAGCCGGUAGUUUCCUUGGACCUUGGAAAACCACAAAGAGUGAGUGAGCACCUGUGGGUGUGUGGGUGUUCCAUGGAAUGCAGGGGCGAAGUAGGGGGUUCCGUGAAGACAGCUGCUUAGCUUCAGGACGCUAGAAACCCUGCCUGGCUCUCCUCUGUCUGCGGGCAGGCUUCAUGAGUGUCGACUGUGCUCUUGACAUGCAGCCUUGAGGCUGAGUUCCAUGCUGCAGGGGGAACCCGUGCUGGCCUGAAGGGUCUGAUCAGCUCUCUGUGUGGCCUGUCAUGUAUACGUUGUCUUUGAGAUGGGGUUCCCUGAGGCGAGCUGUGUAUGUCUCGCAAGCCUCAAGGACAGAAUGUACAGUAGACAGUAGACAAAGAAGUCAGAUGUUGAGCUGGGGGAGAGGAGGAAGACUAUGACCAAAAUGUAUAACAAUUAAAGAGAUAACACGGAGAAGAAUGUGCCCCCAGCUACGAAGCCUAGACAAGGGUUGAACUCACUCUAGAACUCUUCCCGAGUUAGCCUUUUCAUACUCACCUAAUGGGCUUGGUCAACCCCCGCGUUCUCCUUUCCCCUCCAAGUCCUCUCAAAUCCUCACCACCACCACUUUGGGGAUCUGGAGGAUGGAGUAAAGCUUGUCUGUGGUCGUUGAGUCCUGUAAAUGCAUCUGUGCUUUUGACUCUGGCGUUUUACGGCAUUUGACAAAUGUGCUUUUCCCAUGCAUAGGUUACAAAUCCUUAAUACACGCAUGUUUAUUGUACGUGUACUUUUAACAUGGUGUUUAAAUGCCUGAGCUUUGAAUAGUGGAGGCAAGCGUCAAAGUACGUUUGUUUUUAUGCCUGUUGUUUCCAAGGCACCAUUACAUCAUUAGUGCCUACUUCCUAUUAUUCUGAAGGAGUUUACCCAUAGUGCUUUUCUCCCCCAGCCUAUUGUGAAGCUGUCACAGUGGAAGACGUAGAGUGGAAAGAGACUGAGACAGGCGAUUCACCAGUACUUUAGGUAUCCUUGAACUCACCAUUAGCCUGCGUUGGUCUUGGUCUGUAGGCACCGGUCAGUAGGUUAGGUGAAGUAGCUCAGGUAGGUUUGCCCUCAGGACAGCUGUGGCCCCAAACAGAGACCAGGGGUUACUGAACAUUUUUUAAUCAAAGUGAUUUAAAUCCGCUAUAUUUAAAUUAAAGUGAUGGCUUUCAGACAUUUGACUUGUACCAAAGAUUACCAGAAGGUGAGCCCUGAUGGCUUGGAUUUGUUUAAAUCACUUUUUUUUUAAUUUUGCAGUUAUAUAUAUUUGUCCUAGUUUCAUGCAUGGGAUUGCAUCUUAUUAACCUGGCCUUUGGACAUGAGCUGCUUGGCAUCUUCCAUGUCCACUUAAAACUAUCUUGCCCCCAAGCCUUUCUAAAUCCUUCCAGGAAAAAGGAUUCCAUGGAAUGGAAAUUCACUUUCUUCUGGAAACAUUAAAUAAUCCUAUUUGCACCUGGUGUGUGUGUGUGUGUGUGUGUGUGUGUGUGUGUGUGUGUAAAGUGGGAACAUUCCUGAAAACUUCCUUUGUGUGUAUGCCUUUGUGUCCCAUUUUCUCUUGUAGACUAGCAAAGUGUGGCUUUUUGUGUUUGUCCUUGGGAGCAUUAUUUAUCAGUCUGCUCCAAUGCAAAAAAAAAAGUACUUAAUCUAGGUAACCAUGAGGAACGUAAUGAUUGUAAUGGGAAGACAUGGUCUAUCACAAUCUCUGGGAAGACAUGAACUAUCACACACAGUCUGGGAAGCCUUGGUCCAUCACACAUACUCUGGGAAGACAUGCACCAUCACCUACACUCUGGGCAGACGGUGGUGCCUCACACACACUCUGGGAAGAUGUGGUCCAUCAUACACACUCUGGGAAGACGUGGUCCAUCACAUACACUCUAGAAAGAUGUGGUCCAUUGCACACACUCUGGAAAGACAUGGUACCUCACACACACUCCGUACCUGAUGUCAUUCUGAAGAUCCGUAGCCUGCACUCCUUCCUGGGUUUUGUUAUUUCAAAGCUGAGUGACCAUGCAGCCCACGAUAAGUCAGCGGUCACAACCCCUUUCCAUAUGAUGCCCAUAUACAAUUCCCAUAAUAUGAGGGUCUAAGUUUUCUUGAAGACAUCCACACACCAUGAUCACAUGACUGGCCCUCUUUCUACAGGUGGAGAGAUGAGAUUUUCCAAGGCAGCAAUCCCCAGCCAGGAGUAGAAUCAACCUUUCAUGGGGCACUUUAAUGACUGAAUUCUUUCCCUACCACAAAGCUUUUGAUUUUUUUUCUUGAUUCUACUACAUAGCCAAAGUUGAGGACCCCUUCCCCGAGACACCAGACAGUCCCGCUGUCUGCCAUCUGCUCUGUGUUGCUAUUGUCAAGGUGUCCUGUUGAUACAGAUGGUUUAAACUUUGAUGAAAAAUGGAUCUUUUUGAUAACCAAUGAUGUACCAGAGCAGGCAUACUGGAACGGAGAGUGGACAGAUCAUUUUAUCACACACAUCGUCACCUAGAGCUUGCCACCUGCCCUCUUCCCAUAAUUAGAAAUGGCAGAGGGUGAUAGGGGAGGGGGCCUAGAAACUGAUGUUCUCCCAAACCUUGGAGGUGGUUCAAAAGUGCCCCAAAGCCCCGAACACUGAACGGAUGGACCAUUAGUGGACUCAUCGUGGCUGGAAAACAGGUUACAGGAGCGAUGUCAAGUUCAUCUCUGUCCCUUUGUCUUUUGUGACAAAGCAUACAGUUUGUCCUUCUUCAUGGUCAUUCUAAAGGAGACAGUGAUCACCAUAGAAGUGAAGAGUCCACCAUUCAACUCACGUCUGUACGACCACAUGGAGUGUGUUUGGGACUUGCCUCUCCCGCUGAAGAGCGAGGCGACUGAGCCUCACAGCAGCCUCCCUGCCCUGUGCUGUCCGUGUUCCAUGGCAGGAUCUCAUCUCCUCCACAUGUGGGUCUGUGGCAUCACCCUGGCCAAGAUAGGACUUCGCCCCAGUGUAGUCCCCCACGCUACAGAACACUUUGAGCGCAAGCACCAAUGAGAAAGAUUUUUUACAAACUUGUUAAUCACUUUGAGAAAUGAGUUCUGUACAAUGUGCUAAAUGGAAAUUGCCUUGGAUUUAUUUUUAUAUUUAACACCUUCCACAAGCUCAGUCUGCAGCACAAGUCUACAAUCUGCAUGUGGGCUUAAGUGUUGUGAUGUUUUGAUUGAGUGAAUUUUAUCUUUGCAAAUAUUACAUCAAUAAAAUUAUGUUUAGUGAAA